AUGGCUUCCUUGCCAUAUGCACUUGGAGAAAGAAAGACCAGUUCAAAUUUUCCAGGAGAAAMAUUUUGGAAAAUUGUUGAAGAGGAUGAAGAAGUUGCAGAUGAAAUAAACAAAACAACAUCACCAAGGCUGAUUUCAACUGGCACAGUUAUUGAYGUUCAGUCACUAUGCAUCGCUGCUGAAGCCAUGGUGGUAUGCAAUUUUAAGCCAGAAAAUAAAAUAGCUACCGCAGUUUUAACUCUCACAGGUAGUUAUUACUCGUUUAAUGCAAGCUACCCUAUUGGUGUUAGCAAAAACGUUUAUUUAUUUUUUUGA